AACAAAGACUGCAGAUGUACUUUUUUUUCCUGGCAGCCCUGUUGCGUAACGGCAUUUUAAGAACUUGCUCAUAAUGUCCCAUUGAGCCUAAUGAGGGAUUCAUCCUUCCCCCGGAGCUGAGCUCCUGUCUCUGUGGGAGCUGACUGAUAGCAGGUAGACUUUGCCCCGGAGGGGAAUCAACACGGCAGGAAGUGCAGCGGCGCAGAGUGAAGGCCGCCGCCACGGAGUCGCUCCCCUGAACUCGUCUCUGUCAGUGGAAUGGACCGGGCCGAUGACGGCAGAUACGCUGGGAGCCAGGCGUCUCCUCCCCCGUACAGUCACCAGGACUACGCAGGGAGCGCCUACAACGGGGUGAGCUACCAGGUGGGGACGGGGAACGUCAGAGUGGUGUCUCCACCCGGCGGCUACGAGAACAUGGUGCAUCCUGAGGGUGAGGCCGCUGCAGGUCACAGUCCACCCGACUACUCCUGUGGCUUAGAGGACGGCAGCGGCUUCAGUGACGCCGCCAUACGGAGAGGUUUCAUAAGAAAAGUCUACUUGACUUUGAUGGUUCAGCUGCUGGUGACUGUUGGCAUCAUCUGUGCUUUUAUUUACUGGGAGGCUCUGAGGAAGUGGGUCCAGGAUACUUACUGGUUCUCCUACACUAUGAUGGCAGUGGUGCUCGCGCUCAUCGUGGCCAUGUCCUGCUGUGACAACCUCCGUCGUCAAGUUCCUCUCAAUUUCAUUGCCCUGGGCCUGUUUACCAUUGCAGAAGGCCUGAUGCUGGGAUCUGUGGCAGCGUUCUUCCACGCGGAGGCGGUCCUGUGGGCCAUGGGGGCCACGGCGCUGGUGUCCCUCUCCCUGACUCUGUUCGCUAUGCAGACCAAGUGGGACUUCACCACGCUAAAUGGCAGCCUGUGGGUGUUUGCCUGGACCCUCUUUUCGUUUGCAUUGCUUUGUGCAAUCCUCCGGUCGCAGUAUCUUUACAUCCUGUACGCCUGCGUGGGAACCCUGCUGUUCUCUUUAUACUUGGUGUUCGACACCCAGCUCAUUCUGGGGGGGAAACACAGGAAGUAUGAAGUCUCUCCCGAGGAGUAUGUGUUUGCCGCUCUCAACCUCUACCUGGACGUGGUCUCCCUCUUCCUCCUCCUGCUGCAGCUCAUCGGCCUCUGCCGCUAACAACCAGGCCAAGCUCCAGCCAGCAGUCAUCACACACACAGCUGUCAUUUAUCCUCAUUUUUAUACUAACACGUUGUGUAAUUAGUUGCUGGUGGAGCAGAUGAAAAGGAACUGCACUGAAGGACAAUCUGCCGUCAUUGGCACUCCCCACACACAGUACUAUAUAAUACUUUAUACAAUAAUAGUAGAAAAAAACACAACACAUAAAACUCAACACACAGUUUAUUGGCGUCACACAUCAAACGUUUUUCAUAUAAAGUGGGAAUGUAUCAAGUAUAGACUAUGAAAGUGCAAAUAGCGUUUCAAGGAUUAGUUGCUUAACAAUAGAAGAUCUCAAUGCGUUACAAAAUGUUAUGUCAUUUCAAAAUAAAUCACCCGGACGUUAGAGGUGAAAUACAAAGAAAGUACAAAUUCUAUGUAGACCUGUACCCACUUCAUGCACAGCCUGGUUACACAGAAAGGGUAUGGCACUCACUGUCACAUCCGAACAUCUCUAUGACUCCACGUCUGCCAGAAAAGAACGACCGCUUACUUCAGACAUUAGUCUUUGUUUUAUUAGUUAAGACAUUUACAAUCCAUCUUCUUUAAUGGAUCAGUGUGGUUUCAAAUAGAUAACCUACUUUAUAUUGCAACUUUCCUCCGUUUAGUGUCUUUAGGUACGAUAUAUGACACACAUACAUUAAGUCAACUCAUUCCAAAGUCAAUACAGUGAUUUUAGUUUUCCAAACAGAAAAAACAACUGCUUGGUGCAGGCAAAAAGCCGCACAAGAGGAAAAUCAAACCUGUUUUAAAACUAUGAACAAGGUCUGAGAGUGUACGGUGGUAACUUACCCAGUAAAGCAAAUCAUGGAAAUCGAAGUCAUCUGCUAACUUAAUACUACGAGAGCCAACAAAAAGCCUUGUGCUACAAGUAUUAUGAUGAAAAGAGGAGUUUGUGUCUAUAAACACUACAACCUUGAGCGAAAUAAGUUUAAGGUAACAGGUGUUUUUGUUUACACUGUAAAUACUGUGUAAUUAGCACUCAGAAUGGUUUACGUAAUGGUGAUUGACAUAGUGUAAAGGCACUGUAUCUCUAAACUGCUAGAGAACCGUUUUAUCACCCUUGAGAUGCAAUACACAUUCAUGGUUUUUACACACGUCACGCUGCAGUCCGCAGCAUCUGCAGAGCUCUCUCAAGGCUUUGCUUUUACUACACUUAAGUAGGACCCCGACAUUAAUUACAGCGGGCAGGGCUUGAUUCAUUCAUUAAUCAAUCUGAAUAUGAUUGCCUGAUUAUCUGUCGCUGGCAUUCUGUGUACUUCACACAUAUCCAGUAGUCCACAUAGUAUUUAUGUGGGGUUACACAUUGAGCUGCAAUAAUCAACAAUAGAAUUUAACUAAGCUGUUGAACUGAAUGAUACAGUGUGGACCCUCGGGACCUGUCAACAUGUGUCAUUGAGGAACUGAGGCUUAGAUGGAAUAACCAUCGACAGGUCUGUUAUGAAAUGUCUUCAGUCCAGCCACCUACUCUUCACUUUCACCAUUAAGUUUGAAUGUUUCACACGAUAAAGUCCACAACUAUAAUGGUAUCGAACUAGAUGUUCACACAGCACACGACAGCUUUUAGGGAAAUUUGAGAAUAUCACUCGCGGCUUCAAUCUCAUAAAAUUUAUGGCUCGGCGCGUUCACAUUACAUUUGAGCUGAGUUGUGGAGGUUGUUAAUUAGCAGGCACAAUUUGCAUUGAAGAAGCCACUUGGUGACUGCAAACUGUGCUUUAGCGAGUCAGUGUUUGGCACC